AUGUCGAGCCCAUUAUCUGUGAUACUUACGCAAAACAAAUUAACCGGGGAAAAUUUCAAUGACUGGAAAAGGAACUUGCUUAUCGUCCUUAAUUUUGAGAAACACAGUUUCGUCCUAACCCAACCUCGACCGCCCACGCCUGCGAUCGAUGCCCCUGAUAGGGAAUUUGUAGUGCUUGAGCGCUGGGACAAUUCCAACCUUAGUGCUAUGUGCUAUAUUCGGGCGAGCAUGUCUAACGUGCUCCAGAAACAGCAUGAAGAGCACCAAACUGCUAAGCAGAUCAUGGACAACCUGGAGGAGAUGUUUGGUGAACAAACUAUCCAGGCUAAGACUGAUGCUAUCAAAGGUCUCAUGAACUGCAAGCAAAAGGUUGGAACACCCAUCAAGGAGCACAUGAUGAAAAUCAUGGCUUAUUUAUCUGAAGCUCAGAUGAAUGGAGCUGAGAUCGAUGCUUCAACCCAAUUGGUCAUGGUUUUCCAGACCUUGUCCAAAGAUUUCGAUUCUGUUUCAGGCAUCCUACAACCUUAA